CGCCCCACCUCCGCACAUGUACUGUUUUUAUUUCUCUGAUGCUUCCAAAACCCCCUUCUUCUUCUACAUGAUCAACAUUCAUUCCCCAAUGCCCUAGCUACCCCUCCUCUCUCUUCUAUAACCUAAUUCCCUACAAUUUCUUUAUAUAUAGCUGCUGCUACCUGCUAUGCAUAAUUACUAGCUCAAAUAUAUACAUACUACCAUCCUCUAGAGAGAGAAAGUGAGAUAAUAUAUUACUAACAAAAAUGGAGAUUGUGGCUGAGCAGAUGUGCUACAUCCCUUGCAACUUCUGCAGUAUUAUUCUUGCGGUGAGUGUUCCAUGCAAGAACCUGCUUGAUGUUGUGACGGUUCGCUGCGGCCACUGCGCCAAUCUUUGGUCUGUGAAUAUGGCUGCUGCCUUCCACUCUCUGCACCCUUCCUCCCUAGAUGCUCAGGUUGGUAAUUACGCGUCAUCUGAGUACAGAGUGGAUGGAGGCUCCUCUUCCAAAUGGAACCAUAGCCAUAGGAUUCCAAUCCAGCCUCCAAGCUUCAUCACUAAACCAAAUCAGAAGAUCGUUAAUCGUCCCCCCGAGAAGCGGCAGCGCGUUCCAUCUGCAUACAAUCAGUUCAUUAAAGAGGAGAUUCAAAGAAUCAAGGUGAACAAUCCAGAUAUCACCCACAGGGAAGCAUUCAGCACUGCUGCCAAAAAUUGGGCACACUUUCCUCAUAUCCAUUUCGGACUCAUGUUGGAGAGCAAUAACGAAGCCAAACAUGAUGAUCAGAACUCUGACAAGCAUCAAAUGAGAAGGUCUGCCGUUCUGAACAAAUGAUCGCUGCGAUCUUAGCUACCUAGCUGGCCUCAACACCAUUCAACCCUACUUGUAUUUCUAGCUUGCAUUAUCUACUUUGAUUUAUGUUUGUGGCUACUUCUCUUCAUUGUUUUUCAAUCAACUUUUAAUUUGUGGCUUAUUAGAUAUAUAUAUUUCCAAUAUAUAUAAAAUGUUUAUUGGAUUUAA